UGCACGGAGUCUUUACACACCGGAAUCUUGAUGAGUAUCUCGCUCUUGCCUUUUGUGCAAAAUGCCACUCAAGGCACUGUGCCAUCCUCUCUGCUGAGCUCACAGCACCAGCCCACGACAAGAAAGGUCCCAGAAAACAUUGACUCACUGCAUCCCAGCAUCCUGCCAGGGGACGUGUCUGCAGUGAGAUCUCCUCAGCUGGAGCAAGUUUUAAUGGAAUGGAUCACUGUGAGGCUGUUUUACCUUCCCUGAGUGUGCUGCCACCUGUGCUGCCUGCCAGGACAAGGGCUAGGGGGCACUGGGAUUGCUGCCAGUGCUGGGCAGGACACAGCUGGAGCUGGGGGUUUGCAUGUGCAGGAGGAGCUUUCUGGAGAAGCUUUCAGAUGAAAUUGCUGAGAAUUUUUGCCUGAAGCAAGGGAUGUUUCCCAUGUUUAAGACAAGCAGUAACCUGCAGUUAGAAGGAAGAAGGGACUGAAUUCACUCCAGAAGUAUUUCUCCAGGAUCUUUUUUUCAAGGAGGCAAAAUGAUGGUUCCUGCCUUGAACUGGAAGGUUUUUAAUUGGCAUGGUUUGAAGAAAUGUCGAUGAAAGCAAGAGAAAGGAGAUAGGUUUUUUAAGCAUCUGUUUGAAUGGCACCUGAACAACCAGUUUAUUGCUGUUGAAAACUAUCUGUGGAGAGACCAGAGGAGAGGUCCUGCAGUCCCAGCUGCAGGAAAAACCUUAUUUAAGGGACCAAGAAAGAAGACAAAGAGGAGAAGGUGAGAUGGUCCCAGGAGGCUCUGCUUUCGGCAUAUGUCGUUUUCCGAGGCUUUUCUGUGCCGAGUGCUUCUGUGUCCCAUCUGCUACCACACCCUGAAAUCAAACUCGGCAGCUUAGGUGCACCAGGCACUGUACAAACAUGUCAGACUUGCCUCCACCCCUUUAGCUACUCCCGCUUUCUCCUGCCGUCGUUCUCUCUCAAGUUUAUCGGCGUGUCAGCGGAUUCCGGUGGCGGAGCAUUCCCACCUCACCUCUGGGCACAGAGCAAUGAGGAGUCAGGGCCCAGCAACACUGUCCUCCAAUCGGCUUUGCUGCAUGACACUGGGAGAGUUUGCCUCCAGACCCUUCUUGCUCUUCUCCCUUGGAAUUGUCCACCACCAGCAUUGUUGCAACAGGACUGCCAGACACUAGUGCUUUAAUGCAUUUGGGGACAGAGCACUGAAAAACAGAAGAGAAAUUUGUGUUCCUCCGGUCCUGUAAGGAAGAGUUCUCCUGCUCUCCCUCCCCUCUCGGAGCUGGCCAGAGCAGUUUGGCGGAUGAGCCGCGGGAGGACUUGGAAAUGACGGGACUGGCUUUGCUGAGCCCGUGGCUGGAGCGUUCCCUCCGGUCCGGGCGGGAGGAAUGUAGGGAGCUGUGUCCAGAUCCGCGAUAGCUCGAGGAGCCGAUGACCGAUCCCUCCCCCUGCUCUGGAUCCGCUGGCUGUGGGAUUUUUUUCCCGUGCUCACUGGCAGAUGUGACAGCUUUGGGAACUGUAUCAUCCAGGAACAGCUAUAUCUGGAGUUGAAAAACCUAACGUGGUUUCCCAGGCAGCAGGAAUGGAUCGCUGAGAGAAUUUCAAUCUCCGACUGCUUUUGUCUUGUGGCGUCAUGUUCCGCAAGAAGAAGAAGAAACGCCCGGAGAUCUCGGCUCCGCAGAACUUUGAGCACCGCGUCCACACCUCGUUUGACCCAAAGGAGGGCAAAUUUGUGGGCCUGCCCCCCCAAUGGCAGAACAUUCUGGACACGCUGAGGCGCCCCAAGCCAGUGGUAGAUCCUUCGAGGAUCACGAGGAUGCAGCUCCAGCCCAUGAAGACCGUGGUACGGGGCAGCACUGUGGAAGUGGAAGGGUACAUCUCGGGGCUGCUCAACGACAUCCAGAAGCUCUCUGCCAUCAGCUCGAACACCCUGAGGGGCAGGAGCCCCACCAGCAGGAGGAGAGCCCAGUCCCUGGGGCUCCUCGGGGACGAGAGACCCCCGGACAUGUAUCUCCAGAGUCCUGAAGCAGACUGGGCAGACAAGUACGGGAACUACCUCAGCUGCAAUGGUGGCUCCAAGGUGGCCCGGAGGCAGACCAUGUGGCCGGACUACAAAGCCCGGCUGGAAGGCCAGUCCCAUCCCAACGGGAUGGUGACAAAAGCGCAGUCCCUGGGCCCGGCGGAGUUCCAGGAUGCCGACGGCAGCUGCCUCCAGCGCACCCCCGCGCUGCAGCACGUACCGACUGUGCCGGGGGACAGCGACACCGGGCCGAGGAGCCCGGAGGAGGGCUGGGCCCAGCGAGCAGCCGGCUCCAGGCCCUCGGGGGAGGGCAGCCCCAGCUCCAAAUCCCGGGAGAACAGCCUCAAGAGGAGGCUGUUGCGCAGCGUUUUCCCCUCAUCCAGCGCCUCAAACAAGCCGGGCUCUUCCCUGCAGAUCAAGCCUAACGCUUUCUUCAGGCCCCAGCAGUGGGGCUCCCCGCGCAGCCCUGCAGCCAAAGCCCAGUCUCUCCCGCCAGAUCCGCCCGCCUCCGAUUUCCCCAGGGGGGUCUCGGAAGCCGAGACCCCCCAGAAGUCCCCGCCAGUGGAGAAGGCGGUGGCAGUGCCCCUGAGCCGGCCCUCGCCAGCCGGGUCCCCCCGCAGCCGGCACACCCAGACCAGCUCCAGCAACCUCCACCUGCCCCCGGACUCCGCCGGGAAGGGGCAGCCGGCCGGCGAGGACCCCGUGGUGGUGACCCACGAGCAGUUCAAAGCUGCCCUCAGGAUGGUCGUGGACCAGGGGGAUCCACGGGCGAUGCUGGAGAACUACGUCAAGAUCGGGGAGGGCUCCACGGGCAUCGUGUGCAUCGCGCGGGAGAAGCACUCGGGGCGCCAGGUGGCCGUGAAAAUGAUGGACCUGAGGAAGCAGCAGCGCCGGGAGCUCCUCUUCAACGAGGUGGUGAUAAUGAGGGACUAUCAACACGUCAAUGUCGUGGAGAUGUACAAGAGCUACCUCGUGGGAGAGGAGCUCUGGGUGCUGAUGGAGUUCCUGCAGGGGGGAGCCCUCACAGACAUUGUGUCUCAAAUCAGGCUGAACGAGGAGCAGAUUGCCACGGUGUGUGAGUCGGUGCUGCAGGCUCUGUCCUACCUCCAUGCCCAGGGGGUCAUUCACCGGGACAUCAAGAGUGACUCCAUCCUUCUCACUCUGGAUGGCAGGGUCAAACUCUCAGAUUUUGGCUUCUGUGCUCAGAUCAGUAAAGAUGUACCCAAGAGAAAGUCCCUGGUGGGUACUCCCUACUGGAUGGCUCCAGAAGUCAUUGCCAGGAUACCGUACACCACCGAGGUGGAUAUCUGGUCCCUGGGGAUCAUGGUGAUAGAGAUGGUGGAUGGAGAACCCCCCUACUUUAGUGAUUCUCCAGUCCAGGCAAUGAAGAGACUCCGAGACAGUCCUCCUCCCAAACUGAAGAACUUCCACAGGACCUCCCCAGUUCUGAGAGACUUCUUGGAAAGGAUGUUGACACGGGAUCCGUUGGAAAGAGCAACAGCACAAGAACUUCUGGAUCAUCCCUUUUUGCUCCAGACAGGACUUCCAGAGUGUUUGGUGCCCCUUAUCCAACAGUACAGGAAGCGCACCUCCACCUGCUGACUCUGCCUGAGGGGAAAUUGUGGGGAAAAAGGAAUGUUUAUAAAAAAAAAGAAAUCUAAAAAAUGAAGAGCCCAGGUGGUUUCAUCCUGUGAAUGGUGCUUGGAAAUUGUCAGCAAUGGUUUUAGAGGAUGAGUGUGAAUCCUGUCCGUGCAUUUGCAGCCUUCUGGGGCUUCUCCUUUGCUGAAGACAAUCAACACAGACUAGAUCCAGGUGAGACCAAGGAUAAAGCGGGUAUUCCAUGCCUUGGGAAUCGCUGCUGCCGGAAGAUGGCGUUUGAAGCGGAGUCUGAAGUUGUGUAUCUGAAUGUCUGUGAGUUUCUGCACACCUUGGCUGCUGACCACUGAACUGGAAUGAUGUUUCCCAGUUAGAAAUGUGAUCUUUGCUUCCUUCAUUCUACACUGGAGUCCUGUGCUGACUCAUUUUGGGGCACAGACCCUUUUAAACUGUCAAACAAUGCACAAAGACUUGAAUUUUUUUCCUCUGAGACUUUUUCACAGACGAUUUUAAUUUCCUUGGGUUAAAUGUGGACCUGGAAACCUGCCCGCACUUCCCUCAGGAGUGAUGUGAUAUGUAUAUAUUUGUUUCUAAGUGGCUCUCUUGCAUCAACAGGCUUCUCUUUUGCUGCGGAAUGUGUAUGGUUUAGUGGUCAAUCUUGAAUCCAUUUCAUGAUUUUAAGCUUCUGGAAACCCUUGAACACAGGCCUCCAAGUGGACUCUGUGAAGACCAGGUGCUCCCACCACCAGGUCCUUGUGGUUGACCAUUCACCACAUGCAAGACCUCUGGUGCUGGCUGGGGUGUGAGCAGCCUGCUCCUGGGGCUGCUUUCCAGACACCUUUCUUUCCCAGCCCCUUCUCCCAGGAGAGGCUGAGAAAUGCUGCCCUGAGGCAGUUGUUGGGUAGCAUUUUGGGGAUGCUGUAGGAGACAGAAUGGAAAAGUUUGAGCUGUGCUGCACAUCCCAGGAUUGAUCUCUGUGUUCGUGGGAGGUGUUUGUCCAACCUCCCCAUCUCCCUGCGGCUGCUGCAGGACGUGGGGAGGCACCUCUGCUGUCUGGCUGUUGGUCUGCCCUUCCCCACCAACCCUUGGCAUCUGGAAGGUUUCUGGUUGUCUAAACAGCUCUUUGAGUUCUUUUAACAUAGUUUUGGGUAUUUUGUGUGCUACACUCUCUGGUCAGUGAGAUCCUCAAGGUAAUUGGACUCUAGGUCAGGAUUAACAUUGUACAGUGACGGUGUGUGUUGUUGUGAGGUCUCAAGAAUAUGCUUUUACAUGUGGAACUGGGAUUUUGUUUUGAAACUCCACAUGCAAAUGUACUGGAAUUUAAGUUAUUCUCGGGACAGUCCUUCUGUGCCAGAAACUAACCUCAGAAUUGCAUUUUCUUCAGAAGAUGUUCAUAAUCUCUGUCCUCUGCUAUUUGCUCCAGUUACAGAUCCUGCUUCAAAAUUGAAGCCACAGUUGAUUACUUGAAGUAAUUUGGGACGGAAUUGAUCUGCACUGAUGCCAUCACAGGGUGGGCACCCAGUCUGUGGAAUGUGUAGGUUGGCUCUGUAUCUGUGGGGAGGGAACACCUGGUGAGGGUGUUGUCAGACACCUGCUGAAGGAUGAAAUCACUCUCUCCCUCACCUGUGGUAGGUAGAGGGGUCACAGGAGGUUUGCCUAGACUGGAUGUCUAAGUUUGGGGCUGAUGGAGUUGAUUGAAAUUAAUUCAUUUAGCUCCUCUUUAGCUGCACUGGAAAAUUUUUGACUUAAAAUGUUUAUGUAUUUCAGAUAUAUUACUUUUUUUUUUUAUGCAAAAGAGCAGGGCUUGGAAAAGAUUUAUAAUUUGAAACAAACACUCCUGCUGGUCUGUAGUUGUGAAUCCUUUGCACUUGUGUUUUAAAUUAAAGUAGAUCUUGAUUUAUUCAUAA